AUGGCACCAAGUCUUCGCAUUGAGGUCAAUCAACAGUCGCAUCAAAAUCCUACAUCCCCAGAUUAUGAAGGAGUGAAUAUAGCAAGUCGCAGCCAUGUUAUCACGGAUGGUCACCUUGACGGAAAUGUUAUUAUCUUCAUGCCAGGCAACGAGACUGCCAAUUCAUCGCAACAAUAUCUCGUUGAGGUUACCUUCGAAGCUACUGCGACUGGCAAAAAACAUCACUGUACAAUAUCCCUCCUGCUCUCUCCGACAAGGUUUUUAUUAACUUACCCUCAGCUCCUCCGAGCAUCCGAUGUGCGCGAACUAUCACAACAAUCCACCACCAACACAUCCUCACGCACAAUCCUACAUCCAUUCCACUUCACCAUCCCCCAAACCGCCAACUUUGUCACUUCCGACCAAAAUGCCUCCACAACAACCUUACCGCCAUCGCUCUCCUUCAAACCCAUGCCAGUCUACAACUCCAACGAUCUCAUCCUACGCGGACAAGGCCGCAUAGAAUACUUUCUCAAAGCCCGACUCUUCGACCACGGGAAUUGCAUCGCCGAAAACGAAGCGCCAGUAACGUUCGCUCCAGCCCGCGAAUGUCCUCCUCCCAUUUGCAUCUCCGACUUUCCCGGCGAGUACACCCUCGCGUCGUCACGACGUGUGCGCGAUCGUUUACAUCACCGUGAUUUAUACUAUCUGUCCGUUCAGACGGGGGAACCUGCUCCACUGUAUCUAGGUCGCUCGACCAUGGUAUCUACGGUAGUUCCGUUAAAAUGGAACUAUCGCUGUUUGGUUCCGUCGCAACAGCACGCAAAUGUUCCCGACAUAUAUGCCACCAUCCAGACGUCACUUCGCGCGACGACAUUUGUUUCUGUUUCUCCUCAAGAUCGGAUUCCAUUAGAGGAGGACGCUAACAAGCUGUUGGACUUUAAGCUUGUUGCGAAUACAACGGGGACUAGUCUCACGCAGGCGCGGAAGUUGCGCAUUGCAUCGUGGGGGAAUCUGGAUGGUGGAGGGCCUUAUGGAACGCGUAUGUAG